AUGUCCUCUGGAUCGUUGUCGCUUGAAUCGAGUGAAAGUACCAAAAGUGGAGGUGCAUCAGCGGAUGCAGCGAGAACACCGGAUGAUAUCGAAUCGCUGGAAUACUCAACACUUCGGGUACCCUAUGAAUUCUUCAACAAACGUUUUCGGCUCUGCCAAAAAACCAUGGAACGACACAAUUUGCGGGUGAAGGAAUGCACACGGACAAUUUCGAAAAUGAUGAAAAACGAGGAGCGAAAAAAUCCAAUUUCUAAGCGUGAGGUUGCUAUUUUGGCACGUUUUUUUUUGGGAAUUCGUGUUUUUCACAUGGAAUGA